ACACGCAGCGUCUCCUGCCGGUAAGCGGCGGCCGCAGCCGGAGGAGCGGGUUGCCCGUCCCUUUCCCGAGCUGCGUGUGGUAAGACAAAGGCGGAUUCCAUGUCUUUUCUUGUAAGUAAACCCGAACGGAUUAGGCGGUGGGUGUCUGAAAAGUUCAUUGUUGAGGGCUUAAGAGAGUUCGAGUUGUUUGGAGAGCAGCCUCCGGGUGACUCUCGGAGAAAAACAAAUGAGGCGAGCUCCGAGUCGAUAGCUUCUGCCCCUAAGAGGGACACCAUGAGCAACUUCCUACCUGACAGCAGCUGCUAUGAGUUGCUCACUAUCAUAGGAAGAGGCUUUGAAGACUUGAUGGUUGUGAACCUGGCCAGGUAUAAACCCACAGGAGAGUAUGUUACAGUCAGAAGAGUCAACUUGGAGGCCUGCACCAAUGAAAUGGUCACCUUCUUGCAGGGGGAGCUUCACGUUUCCAAGCUCUUCAACCACCCUAACAUUGUGCCAUACAAAGCAACAUUCAUCGCUGACAACGAGCUGUGGGUCGUGACAUCUUUCAUGGCCUAUGGUUCUGCAAAAGAUUUGAUCUGUACCCAUUUCAUGGAUGGGAUGAGCGAACUGGCCAUUGCUUAUAUCCUCCAAGGAGUACUGAAAGCACUUGACUACAUCCACCAUAUGGGCUAUGUACAUAGGAGUGUUAAAGCCAGCCACAUCCUGAUCUCUGUGGAUGGGAAGGUUUACCUCUCUGGCCUGAGGAGCAACCUAAGUAUGAUCAACCACGGGCAGCGGCUCAAAGUUGUUCAUGACUUCCCCAAAUACAGCAUCAAAGUCUUGCCUUGGCUCAGUCCUGAAGUCUUGCAGCAGAACCUCCAGGGGUAUGAUGCAAAAUCUGACAUUUACAGCGUGGGGAUAACAGCCUGUGAGCUGGCAAAUGGCCAUGUUCCCUUUAAAGACAUGCCUUCUACUCAGAUGCUCCUAGAGAAGCUGAAUGGAACUGUUCCCUGCCUGCUAGACACCACCACAAUUCCUGCUGAUGAGCUAACCAUGAAAACCUCCCGUUCAAGUGCUAACUAUGGGAUGGGUGAGAGCAUGGCUGUCAGCAAUGUGAGAGCAGCCAAUGGAGAGCCAACCCUGCACCCUUACCUUCGGACCUUCUCCACCUACUUCCACAACUUCGUAGAGCAGUGCCUGCAGCGGAACCCUGACUUCAGGCCAAGUGCAGGUGCUCUGCUUAAUCAUCCCUUUUUCAAGCAGAUCAAACGCCGUGCUUCUGAGGCGCUCCCGGAGCUGCUGCGCCCCGUCACCCCCAUCACCAACUUCGAAGGAACGCGGCCCCAGGACCCCAGUGGCAUUUUCGGGCUGGUGUCAAACCUGGAGCAGCUGGAGGUGGAUGACUGGGAAUUCUAGAAGAACAGGGACUACACCUGCUUCCAGAGGAGCUUUCUGGACAUUGUAAUUUAUUGGCUCUGUUCAUAAAAGGUGACGAAUGUUACGCCCAGGAGAGUUCACAGGUCCUUGGGAAGGAGCUGAGCUGCCUGUUUACUAGAGGAGCCUGGAAACAAAUGGACAGACCUGAGCUGGGAAAGGAUCAGCCCCAAGGAACUGUGGUGCAGUGGCCAGAGCCCCAGCUGCUGCAGCUGAGCUCUGGUAGAUGACUUGAAUGGGUUGAGUGAGUCUGUGUGGUUAGUCUCUAUUUAUGUUUUUCUACAGAUCACUGGCUUCACCUCACAGCUGAGGGCUGCAUGUCCCUACCCUCUUAGGAUCUUCCUCUUUUAAGGGUGCCUUAGAGUGAAGGGGAGGCAGGCAGCUCCUAGUUUUGGGCAUUCUCUUAGAGCUAGUCAGAUUACUGUUACAGUGUUGUCACAGGGUAAGUUGGGGGGGUGGGG